AUGUAUUCAGAAGAAGUUCUAAGUGGCGUUCAAGAUCAAUGGAUGGAAGAUAUCAGAAAAAAUCCAGCAUUCUUAAUGACCAUCAAUCCAAAACCAAUGGCUGAACUCUCACGACCUCGAUUGUCAUGUGACGAUGUUCACCGCUUUAAUCAUCUAAAUGCAGAAUAUGAAAGAUUUCUUUCUUCGAUUGGAGCACCAAAUUAUGCACCUGAAAUAUCACCAAUGAAAACAAAAGCCAGUACAUCGAGAAAGUCAUUUGGAAAUCAACUGGAAGCAAAAAACUACCCACCGAUUAGCCCAUUGUCAUGUGAUGCGUAUCUUCAUUGCUUUAAUCAAUUCAAUGCAGAACAUGAAAAAUAUCUUCCUUUGAUUGGAGCACCAAAUUAUGCGCCUGAAAUAUCACCAAUGAAAACAAAAGCCAGUACAUCGAGAAAGUCAUUUGGAAAUCAACUGGAAGCAAAAAACUACCCACCGAUUAGCCCAUUGUCAUGUGAUGCGUAUCUUCAUUGCUUUAAUCAAUUCAAUGCAGAACAUGAAAAAUAUCUUCCUUUGAUUGGAGCACCAAAUUAUGCGCCUGAAAUAUCACCAAUGAAAACAAAAGUAAGUACAUCGAGAAAGUCAUUGGGAAAUCAACUGGAAGCAGAAAACUACUCAUCGAUUAACUUAUCUGAAUCAGAAAUAGCAAGCAGUUUAUCAGGAAAGCAAAUAAUUAAAUCCCCAACAACGACAUCGAGAAGCUCGUCGGUUAAUGAAGUGACAACAAUCUCAUCAAAAAAGUCAGCUCGAUUGGAAGCAGUAAUAAGCGCAUUGAGAAAAUCAUUAGCUGAAUCACUACCAAGCUUGUCGGAAACUGAAGCAACAACCAUCAUGUCUGAAAAGGAAGCAACUGAAUCAACUGAACCAAAAGCCAGCUCGUCAAGAAAUUUAGAAUCAGCAGAAGUUAACUUGAAUGCUAUGUCAAUACCUAAACAUGAAAUCGAAUGUGACAUUGAAACCUUCUUAGUUCAUCACACCAAAAACUUCUUCAGCAAGACGGGAACAAGUUUAAAAAGCAAUUACCGCAAGAAAUUCGGUUUUCGUCAAUUGAUGGAAACGAAGGACUCAGCAUUAUAUCCUUCAAAUCCCAGAAAUACUACAAGGCAGCGUACAAUUGCUGAUGCAUCGAAUUCAUCUGUGGCUUCAGUCAAGGACAAAAUGUAUUCAGAAGAAGUUCUAAGUGGCGUUCAAGACCAAUGGAUGGAAGAUAUCAGAAAUAAUCCAGCAUUCUUAAUGAUCAACAAUCCAAAACCAAUGGCUAAAGUCUCACCACCUCGAUUGUCACCUCGAUUGUCAUGUGAUGAGUAUCUUCAUUGCUUUAAUCAAUUCAAUGCAGAACAUGAAAAAUAUCUUCCUUUGAUUGGAGCACCAAAUUAUGCGCCUGAAAUAUCACCAAUGGAAACAAAAGCCAGUACAUCGAGAAAGUCAUUUGGAAAUCAACUGGAAGCAGAAAACUACUCAUCAAUUAACUUAUCUGAAUCAGAAAUAGCAAGCAGUUUAUCAGGAAAGCAAAUAAUUAAAUCCCCAACAACCACAUCGAGAAGCUCGUCGGUUAAUGAAGUAACAACAAUCUCAUCAAAAAAGUCAGCUCGAUUGGAAGCAGUAAUAAGCGCAUUGAGAAAAUCAUUAGCUGAAUCACUACCAAGCUUGUCGGAAACUGAAGCAACAACCAUCAUGUCUGAAAAGGAAGCAACUGAAUCAACUGAACCAAAAGCCAGCUCGUCAAGAAAUUUAGAAUCAGCAGAAGUUAACUUGAAUGCUAUGUCAAUACCUAAACAUGAAAUCGAAUGUGACAUUGAAACCUUCUUAGUUCAUCACACCAAAAACUUCUUCAGCAAGACGGGAACAAGUUUAAAAAGCAAUUACCGCAAGAAAUUCGGUUUUCGUCAAUUGAUUGAAACGAAGGACGUAGAAUUAUAUGCUUCAAAUCCCAGAAAUACUACAAGGAAGCGUACAAUUGCUGAUGCAUCGAAUUCAUCUGUGGCUUCAGUCAAGGAGUCAGAAAAAUCAACAGAUGAAGAGUCGCAGCUCGAAAAUCCUCCAAAGAGAAUCAAAUUAGAUUCUGGUAGUACUCAAGUUACAAGCAAGCAAGUCCAGAAGGAAGUGAACAUAUUUGAAAAAGAAGCAACCUUCCAUAUUGUGUUCCGUGCUAAUCGAUUGAAGGAACUGAAGAAUACAAAUGAAAAAUCCAAAAUUGAUGUCUCUUCAGCUCAAUUACCUGCAUUUCCUUUAAUGCGUCGCACUUUUCCAAGCCUUACAGAACGAACUGAAAAGGAACAGAAGAAAAGAGAUAAAAACACUGCAGCAGCAUCAAAGUCUCGUGCGAAAAAUAAAAUUUAUGCUCAGAAUUUGGAAGAAGAAGCAUUUGAAGCAAUGAAGGAAAACUUCGAAUUGAAACGCAAAGUUGCAUUCCUGAGAGCUCAAGUCAACUCCACAUUGAAGAAACAUGGAAAGAAGGAAGUCAACUUCAACGAACUCUACGAAAGCUAUUUGGAAAAAAUGAUGAAGAAGACAGCUUCAGAAGUUUCAGAAGAAUGA